AUGCAGUCCCAAGACAGCAACAGCAGCUACCGGCAUGUCAGCUUGCCACCAGGGCGUAUUCGCGUACUCGAGCUGCAACCUGCCGCUUCUAUCGACGAUGCUUUGGUCUGUCGACUGAGAGCGCAAACAAUCACGGACGAGCCCUACGAGGCUUUAUCGUACGUAUGGGGCAAGACCGCCGUCCUGCAAAGCACCAUCUCCUGCGUAGACGAGAACCAGGCCGACAAUGGUGGCGGCCUGCUGCGCAUUGGUGCGAACCUGACCAGAGCGCUUCUCGCCUAUCGCCGUGUCGACCAACCGAGGCGGCUGUGGGUUGAUGCCAUUUGCAUUCAGCAGGAUGAUCUGGACGAGCGUCUCUCGCAGGUCCGCAUUAUGGGAGACAUUUUCCGCAACGCGACGCAGGUACUCUGCUGGUUGGGCGCUUUCCAGAAUCCGGCCGAAGACGAAUCUCUAGCCCUUACUGCGAUACAAUUUUUGCAAGAGUUCAACAAGGAUACAGGCAGCCACUUGGGACAAAUUCAAUCUGCUAUCCAGAAAAGAAACCGGGGCGUCAAGGACGAGCUUGAAGUGGCGGGCGAUGACGACCAGAGAGUAUUCGAAGUAUGGCGUGCUGUGAAGAUGUUCUUUGACUGCGAGUAUUUUCACCGGGCCUGGAUCAUCCAGGAGAUUGGCCUUGCCCGCCGCGCCUGGAUUUCUUGGGGCCGAAGUGAUCUCUGCAUCGACUGGGCCGAGGUGGCCCGUUUUGUCCUGUUCCUCGACGACAACGGCGCGUCCGUCAUCAACGAGCUCGGCCUCCAAUCGUGGGUCUGCAACCACAUCAACCUCGUGUGGUCCAACAAGCCCGACGGCACGCCAAUAUUCGAUUUUUCCGAGGUGCUGCACUGGGCACGCAUCCACCUGUCGACGGAUCCUCGCGACUACGUCUACUCGCUGCUCGGCCACCCGAACGCCGUCGUCGGCGGGCGGCUGCUCAUCGAGCCCGUGUACACCCUCUCCACCGCCGAGGUGUACACGAACCUCGUCGUCAACACCAUCCAGCGCACGCGCAGCCUGCACAUUCUCGCCUUUGUGGACCAUGGCGAGGCGCCCAACCCGAUGGGCCUCCCGACGUGGGUGCCCGACUGGCAUGCCCUGAACCUCGUCGCGCCGCUCCGGUGUCCGACCUUUGCCGCUCCGUCGGAAUACCGCUCCGUGACCGUCGACGACAGGUCGACGAAAUCGCCCGCACUGCAUUGCCGAGGAACCAUCAUUAGCACUCUGCGAGCCUCAUCCGACAUGAUUGACCCCAAAGAGCUCGCACUCACAGACUACGUCGCAGAAGUCAAGAAGAAGCGGCCGUUUCUGCUCGACCACAUCUACACCGAGCUCGUCCUCACCCAGCCCGCGGCGACGCGGCCCACCGCCGACGACUUCCUGUCCGCCCUCAGCUUCGUCCUCACGGGCGCGUUCCGCGGCACCGCCCCUGCCGCGCCGGACCAGCAACGCGCCGACUGCGCCGCCCACGCCGUCCAGGCUGAGGCGAUGCGCCCCGCCGCGCAGCCCGGGUCCUUUUUCGGCGGCCUCUCGGCCGAGGAGGCGUCGCAGGUGCGCGCUCUCGCCGCGACCGGGUGCGCCACACAGAUUGUGCAGGACAUGACGUGGACCUCCAUGUGUCGGCGGGUGUUUAUUACGCGAGACGGCCAGCUGGGUCUCGGCCCUCGCAUCGUGGCCGAGGGCGACGUGGUGGCCGUCCUGCCAGGCUCCCGAUUCCCGCUUGUGCUUCGGCCGACGGGCACCAACCCCGGAACCGAGUAUCAGCUUGUCGGGCCGGCACUGCUGUAUGGCUUUAUGGAUCAUGAAGGCGCCAACGCGCCGGCUAGAGCAGCUGCAGAGCAAGAAUUCUGUCUAGUGUAA